AUGGCAGCCACAGCUAUAGGGGUGAUCAUUGGGCCAGCCGCCGCUGGCAUAGUGGAUCCUCAAGACGCAUUUGCAGGCAAAGCACUGUACACAGUUGUUGAGCAGUUUUCCCGGAUCAUUCUGGCAAUCCAGUCGAUCUCCAUCGCCCUCUCCCUCCCCACCCUAUACUACGAGCGCAACUGGUUUUCGGUGCUCAUGCUGGUUGGGCCUGUGAUGCUCCUCACCUGGGCCGUCUCGUUUGGCUUCACAGCCGCAGUCUUUGCGGGGCAGUUUGGGUUGUUGCAGUGUUUACUCAUUGCGGCAACGCUGAUCCCUACUGACCCUGUGCUGGCGAGUACCAUUGUGGAUGGGCGCUUUGCAGAAACGUACCUCCCUGCGGAACUCCGCAACGUUCUUCAAGCGGAGGCUGCGGUGAAUGACGGGUUGUCGUACCCGUACUUCGCGAUCGUGAUGCUCCUGCUUAAGCCGAGACUGAGCACGGGGUCCGCCUUCGGCCACUGGUUCUACGAGGCGUGGGCGUACGAGAUUCUGCUGGGCAUCGUGAUGGGCGCAUGUUACGGCGGCUUCUGCCGGCUGCUUCACACGUGGGGCCGCCGCUACAAGCUGGAGGAGCAGGACUCGUUCCUGGCUCACGUCAUCGGAAUGGCGCUGGGCGUCCUUGGACUCGUCACGCUCGUCGGCGCUGAAGGCAUUCUCGCCGCGACCGUUGCCGGCAUCGCAUACACCGCGCGCGAGCCCCAGCGAGAGAGGGAGAAGUACGAAGCCAAGAGCGGCAUUGAGCUCAUUAUCGUCAUCUCAUACUUUGUCUUCUUCGGGGCGAUCCUGCCGUACCCACAGUGGGUCGAGAUCGGGAUAGGGAAGCUGAUACUGUUCAGCCUGGCGGUGAUUUUCCUGCGGCGGACGCCCGUCGUGCUGCUGCUGAGCCCCUGGAUCCCGGCGUUUGCGCGGCACAAUGACCUGCGGGCAACUCUGACUGAGGCCGCGUUCGGCGGCUUCUACGGCCCCAUCGGCGUCGGCGCGCUCUUCUACGCGGCGGGCGCGUACUCCGAGCUGGGCGAGGACCGCGUCUUUGCGGUGGUCUCGUUCGUCGUGCUGACGUCAGUGAUCGUCCACGGGCUGUCUGCCGCGCCCCUGUGCCUGACGGUGCACUACGCGCUCAAGCACUGGAACGAGGAACCGGUGCAGUCGACCGGGGGCGGGGUCACGGUGCCGCGGACACGGCACUGGCUGAAAUACGGACAGUUCUGGGCGCACCUGUUCCACAGGAACUUGAAGUACGAUCAUGAGCCAGAUAGCGAGCCACCCAUUGCCAGACACUCCAUGGACGACGGCGACCAAGCCUGAGAUGGUCAUGAGUUUUGGAUGCGGGCUUCCGCUGGAAAGCGGCCGGGUUGUAUUGUACGGUUUCAAAAGCAUUGCAUAUGCGCGCAUGCGUUGACAGCUAGGUAGUCGCCCAAUUUUUUGUCCUCGUAGCUCGGGACCGGACUAGUUUUUUCCAACAAGAGAACGCGAGCUCCAGCGCCAUUGUUAGUCAUUGUCGAAGAGAACAUGCAGUACUGAUUGCGGUUGUUGUACACUCGAAGAGGUUAAGUUGAGAGAAAACGCUCGUAGAUACGAUGUAAGUGGCAUGACGGGCACAAACAGCACGGACAGGAAGCAACGACAAUCAUUCCCAAGCUUUGUUUGUUUGCAGCUAGCUAUUGAGGUUUGAGCCGGAAAGUCUGGCUGAGUCGGAAGCAGCUAGUGUAAGGAUCGCGAGCAAUAGGUGAACGCGCGCGAUAGAUUGUAGCCAAGGACUUGACACUGGUCCAGUAGCUCCAUUUUUUUAAUCGCAUGUGUGAAAACUUGAAGCAAGGAAAUGAAACGUUUUGCGGACAGGUAUAUCACGG